AUGGCGAAUUCAAAAUUUGAAUAUGUCAAGGACUUCGAGCAGCCAGAUCUCUUGCUGCCCAAUACUUGGAUUGUGGUUCGAAUCGACGGAAGAGGAUUUCACAAACUCUCGGAUCACUACGCCUUUGAAAAGCCUAAUGACCGCCGGGCACUGGAUCUCAUGAAUGCAGCAGCGGCUGAGGUCAUGAAGGAUCUUCCAGAUCUAUGCAUUGCCUAUGGCGUCAGCGAUGAGUUCAGCUUUGUCUUCCAUCCAAAUUCCCAGCUCUUUGAGCGUCGAAGCGCGAAACUGGUAACGACUAUUGUUUCGACAUUCACAGCAUACUAUAUCUAUUUGUGGUCGUCUUAUUUCCCUUCAAGUCCACUCAAGCCGCCUUAUCUCCCCUCAUUUGAUGGGCGCGCAGUCAUCUACCCUUCAUCGCGAAUUCUGCGUGAUUACAUGAGCUGGCGACAGGUCGAUUGUCACAUCAAUAACCUCUACAACACUACAUUCUGGACGAUGGUCCUGCAAGGAAAAAUGAGUAAUACCGAUGCAGAGCAGGAGUUGAAAGGUACCGUGUCUUCCGACAAGAAUGAGAUUCUCUUUAAGCGAUUCGGCAUGAACUACAAUAAUGAAGAGGAGAUUUAUAAGAAAGGCAGUGUGCUUUAUCGUCAGUAUGAACUUCAAGAUCCAAAGCCUUCUUCCGUAUCGGUGGAAGAUGAGACUUCUGUCCCAGAGUCGCAACAGUCAAGAUCACAGCAGGAUAAGAUGAAGAAGCUACGCCGAAAGGCAAAGGUUGUCAUUGACCAUGUUGAUAUCAUUAAGGAUGAGUUUUGGGCACGCAGACCGUGGAUUAUUUCUGGGUCUGCGGGCAAGUUGCCCGUGCAGACUUGA